AUGGCCAAUCUCAUGUCUGUCUUCGCCCCGCGCGAGGGUCUCGAGGCGACGACCACCGCCAUUAUCCUUCCGCCCUCAUCGCCGACGCCCUUCACCUUCACCUACGCACGACUGCAUGAGCUGGUGCUCGAUCUGCAAUCGCAGCUGGCCUCGUUCGACCUGGCUCCCGAAACGGCAGUCAGCUCUUCGCUCGUCAACGGCAUUGAGUUUACGCUUGCGUUUUUGGCGACGGGUGCCGAGAGGUUGGUGGCUGCGCCGUUGAACCCCAACUACUCGCAGGGCGAAGUCGAGUUCUACCUGCAAGACACCAAGUCUAAGCUGCUCCUCUUGCCCAGGGGUGCUCUCAAAGCUGGUCAUCCUGCCAUCGAGGCGGCCAAGAAGGUGGGUGGUGUCGAGGUGGUUGAGAUCGUCUUCGAUCCUAGCGGUGUUGGAAGCAUUUCGCUGCUGCGCGGUGAUGGCCGAAAGGUAGACAGAAAGGGGCAGAUCCGCAAGCCGCAGGAUGAUGACGUUGCGCUGGUGCUGCACACGAGUGGUACCACGGGCAGACCCAAGGGUGUGCCGCUCACUCAUCGCAACCUCUACACGACCAUGGGCAACAUCAUCGCCACGUACAGCCUCACUCCUGUCGACCGCACUUACCUCGUGAUGCCUCUCUUCCACGUGCACGGUUUGUUGUGCGGUUUGCUGGCGACGCUCCUAUCCGGUGGCAGUGCCGUCAUCCCACCUAAAUUCUCGGCAAGCGUGUUCUGGAACGAACUUGCAACGAACAACUGCAACUGGUACACGGCGGUGCCGACGAUCCACCAGAUGCUGCUCAACUCUCCGCUUCCGCAGCCCGUUCCGCAGCUGCGCUUCAUCCGAUCGUGCUCAUCGGCGCUGUCGCCCUCGACAUUCCAUGAGAUCGAAAAGACGUUCAAGGCGCCCGUGCUCGAGGCGUACGCCAUGACUGAAGCUGCGCACCAGAUGACAUCGAACCCGCUGCCCCCCGCUAAGCGCAAGCCUGGAACCGUGGGCAUCGGCCACGGCGUUGAAAUCCGUAUUCUGGACGAACAGGGACGCGAAGUGCCCCAAGGCACGAUCGGCGAGGUCUGCGUGCGUGGAGCCAACGUGACCAAAGGCUACCUCAACAAUCCAAAAGCCAACGCCGAGUCGUUUGUCACGCUCCCCGAAACCAAGGGCUUCUUCCGAACUGGCGACCAGGGCCGCAAAGAUUCCGACGGCUACAUCCAGCUCGUCGGCCGCAUCAAGGAACUCAUCAACCGCUCCGGCGAGAAAAUCUCCCCGCUCGAAGUCGACGCCGCCCUCCUCGCCGUCCAAGGCGUCAAGGAAGCCGUCUCGUUCGCCAUGCCCGAUAAGCUCUACGGCGAAAAAGUCGGCGCCGUCGUCAUCCUCCAUAAAGACAACCAGAGCCUCACCGAAAAGGACAUCCAGGCUGCCAUGCAAGGCAAGCUCACCAAGUUCAAAAUCCCAGAGCGCAUCUGGAUCACGGAUGCUAUCCCCAAGACGGCCACGGGCAAGAUCCAGAGGAAAAACGUCGCGGCUACGUUCCUCAGGAAGGAUGGCGCCAAGCUGUAA